AUGAGACCUGCAAAGCUGGCAGAAGAGAAGACUAUUUUGAGCCGAGGGGGAUCAAGUCAGGUCUGUGGGCUGAGGGAUGAAGGGCUCCCUUUGACUUUAAUUCUAUUCCCUGUCCUACUUGCCAUCUCAGAAGUGAAGAGUGAGGUAUCUAUGAAGCUCUGUGGGCUAGAGUUCAUAAAAACCAACGUCUACAUCUGUGCUAGUUCCAGGUGGAAGCACCUGGAAGGGAUCCCUCAAAGUCAGCAAAAGGUGGAUUCCUCAGGGGAGGAAAUUUUCUAUGGACAGCUGCCCACUGAAGGAUCUUAGGGCUCAAAGCAGCAUUGGGUGAUGUCGAGACAAGACUUAGGAAGUGUGGGCUGCCCUGCCUGCUGUUCCAUACCCGAUUUGCUGGCUCUUUGUUAA